GUAUGCCAGAGAAGAGUCGAUUUCUUAUUUGGGCUCGAUUCAGAGUCGGAUCACGGGAGGAGGGACUCGCUGGAAGAAACAACGCGUUCUAGCAAUGCGUUCAACUUCAAAGCUAGCAUGCCAACACAGCUAAAAUAAUCAUUAUUUAAAACCUGGAAAUGUCUGAAUGCAGAAAGUGAAUGAGUCGAAUUAUUAUUAUAAGCGUUCAUUAGUCAAGUGUACCGCUAUGGAAGGAGAAAACGCGUUUAAACUGUGGAAGAAGCAGUGUCUAAACAAGAUGGACUUGAGUAAAAAGGGCAGUGUAGAUGAGGACAUUAACACUGUGGUCUCCUUUCUAAAUAAUUCGGACAACUAUUUCACCACAAGUUCGUGUUCUGGAAGAAUCAUCCUGAUUGACGGGGUGUCUGACUGUGUUGAUGUGCAGAAGCAGAAUUGUUCCUGGCUCUUUGUCACUCAUAACAAGUGUACAAAAGAUCACGUGAUGGCCGGUUUGGAGGAAUCUUCUGGAGACGCUGUUUUUAAGUUUGAACCUUGUGUUCUUCAUGUGCAAUGCAGACGGCUAGAGGACGCACAGCUCCUGCACUCCGUCGCCAUAAACUCAGGGUUCAGGAACUCUGGAGUGACCGUGGGAAAGAAAGGCAAAAUCAUUAUGGCCGUGCGCAGUACCCACUGUCUCGAAGUUCCUCUCAGCCACAAGGGGAAAGUCCUGGUUUCUGAAGACUACAUCACUUUUCUUGUCGGAGUUGCGAAUAGUAAAAUGGACGAAAACCUCAAGAGGAUCGAAAGGUUUUACGACUGUCUGAGAUCUUCGCUGGAACCAGAGGAGGAUAAAAGGUGUGUAAAGGACGCAGAGGCAGAUGAGAACGCUGUGUACAGACGGAGGAGGAGGAGGAGGAGGAGGGAGCGGGACGUCGCGGGAUCAGACUGUAGCGUCAGACAGCAGAGUGACAGUGAGCACGAUGACGAGCUGAACGGCCAACUGACGUUAUUCUCUUAGAGCCGUCUCUGGAUGCUGCAUGGCUUUAAUGAGGCUCGACAACUCCUCCUCCUGAACAGCCUGAUUAUUAUUAUUAUUAUUAUUAUUAUUUUAAUUUUUUUUAGUGGAGAUUUUCCUCAAUUUUCUAUGAAAUCGCAGUAAGCUCCCAUUCUGUGUUUUAUGUAAAAAUGUAAGGGGGGGGGCACAAAAAAUCUCAGAUAACUGGAUCUCAUACUUUGAAAAAAGCCGCAGCCAGCAAUCAAGCGUUUUUGGCCACGACGAUCACAAAAAAAAAAAAAACACUCCACAAAAUCCUGUACCACAUUCUUCGUUCUGAUUGGUCAGAAAGUAUUGAUUCAUCUUUCAAUAACUCUUCCACCUACAAGGCAAAUCACAGGCUUAUAUUAAUUUAGCAUAUUACAUAUUCUGUAAGGAGACGCUUAUUUAAUUAACGAUGGUGGAAGGAGUCUCCAGUGUCAGUCGGAGGUAAAGCUGUAACGAUCCACAGAUUUGUCUUAUCGAAUGAAUGAAAGAAUAAAUAAAUAAAUAAAUAAAUAAAGGACAGGCGAGUGAGGGAAUGAUUGUUUAAAGCUGCUAUAACGUAAGCGCGGACUCGACAUUCCACAAUAUUAAACGUACCUAUAAAUGGAUAAAUAACACUUUGGAUUGAAUAACACAAAUGUAAUUGCCGUAGAGAAAUAAAACAUUUGAGGCGCGGCCUAUAAUCGGCGUCCGGAUGAUUAUAGGCCACGCCUCAAAGUGUUUGAUAAGCGCCUUACUUCUUACUUUCUCUCAUGAAGACGCUGCAUCUCGGCUUCCGCGCGCUUAACUCAGGGCUGCGUCGGUGUUGUUAUUCAGUCCUCGACAGCAAAUUAAAGAAACGAGACAUUACCGUCGUUCCUGUAUUUGACGGGACAGCGCUUCAUCCGUUCUUGAAAACGCGGAGCCGCCCGAUCUUUAAUCGAGCGCACGCUUUUGAAAAACUCUGAUUUAAUCUCCCACGUGCGCGCUAUAGGUUACAGUGUAUCUGUUUCUAAUGAGACGGUGUUUCUUCGAAAGUGAGCGCGACCGCCUCUUUCGCCUGCGAAGACGGAAGACGCAGGAUAUGGCGGCGUGACGUAGGAACCGGCCAGGUCGUCGGUCUCUGCCGGACCGUCGCUCCUGAAGCUGGGCUGCGGUUUGGAAGCCCGUUUCCUCGGGAUUACAGAUCAUUACUCUUACAGCCCCGGGUCAGCGAUGGCUCAUUUGGAGGUUCCGGCUCAUUAGCGAGUCCCUCCUGUACUGCGUGAGGUUAACGAUGAGUUGUGCUGAAGUGUACACAGGUGUGUUUGUGAAUUCGAUCAGGAACAGCUGGGGAUCCAUGUGCGCUGUGCUGCGGGCUGGAGAAACCCGAUUAGUGGACCAUACAUGACUGACGGGAAGUUCUGUUCAAAGACGUUAACGUUUUAAAAGCUGAUGCGUUUAUGUAGUUGAGCACAGACGAGGGUUAGGGUUAACCGUGACCGCUGGGCUGUACUGGGAUUCGAACACUCGACCUUCUGAUCAGUAGUCUAGAGCCGUAACCGGAGCUUUGACUGUCCGUGGAGAAACGCGACGAAGAACUUUUCAAACUGAAUCAAAGGCAAGGACCAUUAAGGCUCUGGGUUUCUGAUCAGAAUGUCGGGGGUUCACGCCCCAGCGCUGCCAAGCUGCCACUGUUGGGCCCUUGAGCAAGGCCCUUAACCCUCUCUGCUCCAGGGGGCGCUGUAUCACGUCCGACCCUGCGCUCUGACCCCAGCUUCCUAACAUGCUGGGAUAUCCGAAGAAAAGAAUUUCACUCUGCUGUAAUGUAUACGUGACUAAUAAGGACUCUUUAUCCUCACCGGUACACGCUUUAGUACCUUUUCUCCAUACCUAUACGGUACGAUACCAACUCGGGGUGGGUGAAUGCUAACACGCGGCUCCUUUGAGAUACCAACGAUACCAACUCGGGGUGGGUGAAUGCUAACACGCGGCUCCUUUGAGACGCAAGACAGCAGCCAAUCGUGUCUUUUCGACACGUCACAGUGCGGCGUAACACACCCGGAGGAAAGCGCUAUCCGCCCUCUUCCACAUACGUGACCUGGAGUGAUGUAGCUGAGGUUGAGGAACUGUCAGAGCCAGAAUUCACAUGCCAUGCUGACAUUUUUACAUCUUCCUUCCAUUGGUGUAAGGUUCAUUAAAAACAUACAAAUAAACCCCUUCUGGUUUAGGACAUGCCCACUUUAGAUUUAGAUACAGGUAUUUGAAACAGAUUGAGAUACCAAUUGUAACACCUCUACUCUUAUUAUGUAUCUAAUCUAUUUUAAAGGGACACUGUAUCCAUGUUUAAGGUGGACGAUAGAGGGUACCACCUCAGUGACACGUAAAGGUACAGUUUACUACACUUUUUAGUAUAUGAGAGCAUAUCCGUUGAUAUCGGUGGUAGUGGUGCUGGCUUGGGCGUAAAACCUGCCGUGGUUCCUCUCACCUCUCCUGUCGCUUUCUGCUGCAGGUGGAUGGUUCCAGUUUGUUUACGUUCAAGUCUCAUGCUUACGUCAGUGUUGAAUCUGACCCGGAUUCUGUAGAUUUGCUGCUGUAAUCAUAAAGACUUGGGAGUGGUCAUCCCAGGACUCUUUACUCUUCUACAUGUUUAUACUGUACAUUUUGAGACAAGGAUUCUUCAUGAUGUUUUUUGUUUUGUUUUUUUCGCCUCUGGUUUGCUCAUCAGGGACUGUAUAAAUAAAAUAAAAUAGAUUGGAAUUGAAUGUAAAAUUAAAAUGGGUGUUGAAUUGUGUUCAGUAAUUCACCAGUAGAGGGGGUUAAUGCACCUUCACUAAGGACUGAUCUGACUCCAAGGCCUAAAGGUUUAAGGGGAAAAUUUGAGAACUAUAAAGCUAUAUAGAUGAUUUCCCAUCAUUCAGUGUAUUAAUGAUGAUGAUGAUGAUGAUGAUGAUGAUAAAAGUCAUCUUGCAGUUGAUUUGUUGGAGCUGGAGCUCCGAUUUUGUCUGGAUUUGAUCCUUUGUAUGUGACAGCUGAGAAACCUGGGACUAGGAUGAACUAAAAUUGUGAUAUUAAAUGACCGAUAUUUUACGUGUAACUUCAAAUGUAUUAGUGAAAAUAACAGUCCUGAAUAUUAGUUAUUGGAUCAAGUGAUAAAUUAACAAGUGAAAAAUGAAUCAUUUGGAAAAAAAGGAGUCAUGAUAAAUUAACACGUGAAAAAAAAUAAUCAUUUAAAAAUAUGAAUCAAGUGAUAAAUUAACAAAUGAAAAAUGAAUCAUUUGAACAAUGACUUGGGAUUAACAAGUGAAA